CACCACCACCGCAACCAUCACAGUCACAUAAUUCGCUAUCGCCGGUUACGACAUUACAGUGAUUAUAUAUUUAUAAUAGUAUUUCAACAAAAUAAUAUAUUUUAAUAUUAAUUAAUUUAUUAUUGUUAUUCGUCGUCGGGAAUUCCGCGGCAUUAUAGUUAAAUAAUAAUAUAACGUAAUAUCUAUUGCCAAUCGCCGCCACCGCACAAUCGUCGUUAUCAUCGCGUUGAACGUUGAAUAUUUUUUUUUGUUUUUUCCCCCCCGACAUUGCACACAAUCGUUGCUAGUGAAAACUUCAUUGGAUUUCCGCUUUCCCGUAACACAUUGCGACAACAGUGCGCGUAUACCGUUAUCGUCGUGACCGUAUUAAUAACAACAUCAAAGGCCGUGCACUCCACGAUUAGUUUCUGUAUUGUCCGAUGUCUGGUGCUGAAGUACUAGACACCACCUGUGAAUUGCCGGCCAAGAAGCGUAAACUGGCUUCCGGUGAAUCGUCUACAGUGACCAUCGACUCAGCACCGAGAAAUCAGGUAACAAUGUCGAAUAACGGCGUAGAGGAGAUCGAUGAGGGCCUAUACUCGCGGCAGCUCUACGUCUUGGGCCACGAAGCUAUGCGCAAGAUGGCCACUUCUGAUGUGCUGAUUAGCGGGCUCGGUGGUUUAGGCGUGGAAGUCGCCAAGAAUGUCAUACUCGGUGGAGUUAAAUCGGUUACGUUGCAUGAUUCCGUUGUAUGCACUUACAGUGACCUAUCAUCGCAGUUCUAUCUGUCCGAAAGCGAUAUCGGCAAGAAUAGGGCAGAGAUCAGUUGCCCCAAGUUGGGUGAACUAAAUUCUUAUGUGCCCGUCAAGGCGUACACUGGAAUCUUGUCUGAAUCGUAUCUCAAACAGUUUAAAGUUGUUGUUUUGACUGAGACAACAUUAGACGAACAGUUGCGCAUUUCAGAAAUUACCCAUCAGAACAAUAUUGCCUUAAUAGUUGGUGAUACGAGGGGUGUAUUUGCUCAAGUGUUCUGUGACUUUGGUGAAGAUUUUACUGUAAUCGACACAACUGGUGAAAAUCCAAUUUCAGUAAUGGUUGCUGGUAUCACCAAAGAAGAACAAGGAGUAGUUACUUGUAUGGAUGAGUCUCGACAUGGUUUUGAAGAUGGAGAUUAUGUAACUUUUCAGGAAGUACAAGGUAUGACUGAAAUAAAUGGCUGUAAACCAAAAAAAAUUACUGUUUUAGGACCAUAUACAUUUAGUAUUGGUGAUACUACAUCUUACUCAGACUAUAUUAAAGGUGGUAUUGCCACUCAAGUGAAAAUGCCAAAAAAAUUAAGUUUCAAAUCAUUGAAAGAUUCCUUAGCUGAACCAGAAUAUCUCAUUUCUGAUUUUAGUAAAUUUGAUAAGCCUUCUCAAUUACAUCUAGCAUUUAUAACUUUUCACAAGUUUGUCUCAGUCAAUGGUCGUUUACCUAUUCCUUGGAGUUCUGAUGACGCAGAUGAAUUUUUAAAAUUAACUAAAAAUGUAAAUACUGAUUCCAUCGAACUUGAUGUUGAUCUAAUAAAAGUAUUUUCAAAAGUCUGUGCUGGUAAUAUUAAUCCAAUGACAUCUUUUAUUGGUGGUAUUGUUGCUCAAGAAGUCAUGAAAUCAUGUUCUGGUAAAUUCAGUCCAAUAUUUCAAUGGCUUUACUUUGAUGCUACUGAAUCUUUACCAGAAGAAGUUACUGAAGAAGAUGCCAAGCCUAUUGGUAAUCGUUAUGAUGGCCAAGUCUCCAUUUAUGGGAGAAAGUUCCAGUCGAUUUUGGGAAAUUUGAAAUAUUUUGUUGUAGGAGCUGGAGCUAUUGGAUGUGAAUUGUUGAAAAACUUUGCAAUUAUGGGUGUUGGAUGUGGUAAUGGUAAAAUCUAUGUUACUGAUAUGGAUUUAAUUGAAAAAUCUAAUUUGAACAGACAGUUUUUGUUUAGAGCUCAAGAUGUACAAACAUCAAAAUCUGAAACGGCUGCUAAAGCAAUUAAACGUAUGAAUCCAUAUGUGAAUGUUGAACCACAGACAAAUAGGGUCUGUCCAGAAACAGAGCAGACUUAUAAUGAUACCUUUUUUGAAAAUUUGGAUGGUGUUGCUAAUGCUUUGGAUAAUGUUGAUGCUCGUAUAUACAUGGACAGACGUUGUGUUUUCUAUAAAAAACCACUUUUAGAGUCUGGAACUUUAGGUACAAAGGGUAAUACUCAAGUUGUAAUACCAAACUUGACAGAAUCUUAUAGCACAUCUCAAGAUCCUCCAGAAAAAAGCAUACCGAUUUGUACCCUUAAAAAUUUUCCCAAUGCUAUUGAACAUACAUUACAGUGGGCUAGAGAUCUAUUUGAAGGACUUUUCAAACAAACUCCUGAAAAUGUAAAACAAUUUUUAGAAGACCCUACUUUCAUUGAGCGUACAAAUCGUUUACCUGGACUUCAACCAGUUGAAAUUAUGGAUUCUGUAAGGUCGUCAGUUGCAGAACGCCCUAAAAAUGUUGAUGACUGUAUUGAAUGGGCUAGAAAGCAUUUUGAAGAUCAAUUUACAAAUCAAAUCAAACAAUUGUUAUUCAAUUUUCCACCAGAUCAAACAACAUCUAGUGGUCAACCGUUUUGGUCAGGACCCAAACGUUGUCCAAAACCAAUUAUAUUUGAUGUAAAUAAUACAUUACAUUUGGAUUAUAUUUUGACAGCAGCUAAUUUAAGAGCAGAAACAUAUAAUAUUAAUCAAAUAAGGGAUCGUGUUUAUGUUGCCAAUGUUGUAUCUUCGGUUAAAGUUCCUGAGUUUGUCCCUAAGUCUGGUGUAAGGAUUGCUGAAAAUGAUUCACAGAUAACUAAUGGGUCAUCAAAUUAUGACCAAAGUAAACUGAAUAAAAUUCAAAAAGAUUUACCAUCAACAGACUCUCUAAAAAACAUAAAAAUUGUUCCUUUAGAAUUUGAAAAAGAUGAUGAUGAUAACUUACAUAUUGAUUUUAUUGUAGCAGCAUCAAAUUUAAGAGCUACAAAUUAUGAUAUUCAACCUGCUGAUAGACAUCGAAGUAAACUCAUUGCUGGUAAAAUUAUUCCAGCAAUCGCUACAACAACAUCUGUUGUUGCUGGUCUCGUUUGUCAGGAAUUCAUUAAAUUAGCUCGGGGAUUGAAAGAUUUGGAAAAGUACAAAAAUGGUUUUGUAAACUUAGCUUUACCCUUCUUUGGUUUUUCUGAACCUUUAUUAGCACCAAAAUCCAAAUAUUAUGAUAUUGAAUGGACUUUGUGGGAUCGUUUUGAAGUGGAAGGUGAACUUACGUUAAAUGAAUUCUUAAAUUAUUUCAAAGAUAAACAUGCUCUAGAAAUCACUAUGCUUUCUCAAGGAGUUUGUAUGCUAUAUUCAUUUUUUAUGCCUAAAGCAAAAAGGGAAGAGCGUAUCAAUACUAAAAUGUCUGAAAUUGUACGCAAUGUAUCAAAGAAAAGGAUUGAACCACAUGUAAAAUCAUUAGUUUUCGAAAUAUGUUGCAACAACACUGAUGGUGAUGAUGUGGAAGUACCUUAUGUUAAGUACAAUUUGCCAUCAGACUUCCAAUAUUAAAAGAUUAUGUGUCAA